AUGUUUUUUUCUCAGGCGACAGAUGUGUUCGCAAAGGUGGAACAAGGACUCCUGAGAGGUGUCCGCACCACUAGCAUCCUUGGAACAGAGUACAACAGGUUCUUCGGAGUGCCUUAUGCUGCGCCACCGGUGGGAGAUCUCCGCUUUCGGUGCAUUAAGUUUGAUACAGACAGCUCUGUCAUCGGAACUGAAUGUUUUGAGGCUGUAUGGGACGUCUGCUCCACCGAAAAUUCAAUUCCUGAGAUGGGAAAACGACAGUUGGUGGAAAUAUUUGAUAUCUUUGAGUCUAAAGAACUGAACGAUGAAGAGAUAAAGGAAGCGCCUCAGCCACCAUCCAACUGGAGCGGCGUGCGCGACGCGCUGUCGGAGCCACUGCAGUGCCCACAGAUGUGGCCAGGGGAGAGCUCGGAAGACUGCCUGUACCUCAACGUGUAUGCGCCCGCCGGCGGUGUCAAUCUGCCCAUCAUGCUCAUGAUUUACGGUGGCGCCUUCCAGGGCGGCUCCAGUUCCACCAAUCUGUAUGGUCCAGACUUCAUCGUCGACCACGGGGUUAUUCUCGUCACCUUUAACUACCGCAGCGGCGUCCUGGGGUACCUGAGCCUGCAGACGGAGGAGAUCCCCGGCAACGCGGGCCUCAAGGACGCGGUGGCCGCCCUGCAGUGGGUGCAGCGCAACGGCGCGGCCUUCGGGGGCGACGCGGGCCGCGUCACGCUGUUCGGCGCCAGCUCCGGCGGCUGCUCCGUGUCCCACCUGCUGCUGUCGCCGGCCACGCCAGGGCUGUUCCAGCAAGUUAUCAUCCAGAGCGGCGAGGCCAUAGCUCCCUGGGGGCUGGAGAGGAACCCACGAGAGAAGGCCUUCCGCUUGGCCGCUUCCAUGGGCUUCGAGACGGACGACCUGCAGGAGCUGACGCAGUUCCUCAAGGCGGCCGACGCGUUGGAGCUCACCGCGAAUGACUCGCGCGGUCUUUCCGACAUUGAGCUACGGAGUUUGAACGCACUGGCAUUCGUGCCGGUGAUAGAACCACCUUCGCCAACGGCCAUAAUUGUCGAGGAUCCAGCUCUGGUGCUGAAGGAAGGCCGCUUCCACAAAGUCCCCGUCAUGACUGGCGUGGACUCCGCUGAUGGCUCCGUCCUCGUGCAGAUGACCGAUCUCUUCAACAACCCAAAGCUGGUGGCGGACGUGCGGGAGAACUUCACGACUCUGGUGGGCCAGCACCUGCGCCUGCCGACAGAGCAGCAGAGGGCCGAAGCGGCCGCCAGGCUGCAGGACUUCUACUUCAAAGGCAAAGGCUUCAGUCUCGAGGACCCGCAAGCAGUCUAUGACAUGAUAUCGGACAUUUACUACAUCGAGCCCUGCGAGGCCUUCGUCCAGGCUUUGGUGAAGGUGAGCUCAGCGCCUGUCUACUACUACCAUUACGACUACGACGGCUGGGGAUACACAGAAUACGGUGCACCUCACUGCAUUGAAAUUUAUUACCUGUUCAACGCCAACUACACUGGCCCCAGCUGGGACAUCAAGACGAAGGACGGCAGGACGAGGCAGCUGGUGGUGAAACUCUGGACAAACUUCGCAAAAUUUGGGUACUGA